UACAUAAUAUAAAAUUUGUUUUUGGUCUGAAAAAAUAUUAAAAAAUUCUCAUCACUUGGAGACAUUUUUCUUAGGCUAUGCAGAAGAUGUAAUAAAACAUCUUCUAAAAUCUACCAUAAACAAUGCAGGUUUGAUUCUUUUAAUCUUGCUAAUGCUUUCCAGUGAUGGACCCAAUGUUAACAAAGACUUAUUUAAUCUAAUGAUUAAGGAAAUAAAAUCAGUUAGAGGAGUCUGGUUGUAAAAUAUGGGAUAUUGCAGCAUAAAUAUGCUACAUAAUGCAUUUAUGAUAGGUUUAAAUGUUUUUGAAUCUAAAAUUUCUGAUUUGACUAUUGCAUUAUUUCACUAUUUUGAUGGAUGGCUUGCUAAAAAAAAGUGUUUCAAAUUGCUUCAGUUGAAAAAUAGCUUAAAGACCUUGCUUUAUCAGACAUUCAACUUCAAGAUGCCUUACUUUAGAAUCUCAGAGAGAGAGAGAGAGAAAGUUUAGAAAAGACUGCAAGAUAAAGACAAAGGCUGUAACAGAUUUAGCGUUAUCCAGGAUGCACCACAAGGAGGCCUGUUACUCUACACCCUAUUUAGUAGUAAAACUUCUUUUAGGACAGAACAUGAAGGAAUUUAAAACGAACUCCUAUUAUUCUACAGAUUCCGUUUAUGAAGGGUUUGGAAGCGGUUUUUCAGAGAAAACCAUUCGCAUGGCUUUUAUUCAGAAAGUGUAUUCUAUAUUGAUGGUCCAGUGGGCAAUCACUGUUGGAUUUAUAAGCCUCUUUAUUUACAAUGAUUCUGUGCAAAAUUAUACAGUGCAACACCCCAAGAUGAUUAUCUUUACCCUUGUUAUGAUGGUAAUAUUGAUGAUUGCUAUGACUUGCUGUGUUAAUAUGAGAAGAACCUUUCCAUUAAAUUUCAUUUGUCUCUUUCUUUUUACAUUUGUUUUAUCUUUUCUCCUAGGAGUUGCAAGUUGCACUUUUAAAGCUGAGGAAGUCAUGUGGGCUGCUGGAAUUUGUGCAUUUAUAUGUUUGGGUUUGACUGUUUUUGCGUUUCAAACCAAGUAUGAUUUUACCAUGAUGAGAGUAUUUCUGUGUGUGGCUCUGUUGUGCUUAGUUAUCUUUGGAAUUUUGGCUAUUUUCCUUCAUGAUAAGUGCUUGGUUUGUGAUACUCAAAUUUUGAUUGGAGGUCAUCACAAAUAUUCUAUCUCACCUAAAGAAUACAUUUUUGCUGUUUUGAAUUUGUACCUCGAUAUUAUUAACCUCUUCGUCGACAUUCUCCGGAUCAUUAGAUACAUACAUAGACUCAAGUAAUUGAUUGAAUUUUUAUAUAAUUGUUUUCACGAUUAUUGGCUGUUUACGGUAAAGGUAUCUAAAUAAUUUUGUCAUCAAACUCUUGUGAUAUUGUAAUGGAAUUUUUUUUUUAAUCAAAGGUUGUUAAAAUUUAAAAACAGUUUUUAUAAAUAAAUAUAUAUAUUUUUAAUGGUUGUGAAAUUAUGUUUGCACCCAGUUGUAAAUAUUGCAUUUACUGUAUUUCAAAGUUGUUGAAAUGUAUAUCUGGUUUUACAAGCUUUAAAUAUUUGUGUGGUGCUUAGAUAUUAAAACAAGCUUUGGCUAACUGGUUGUUGAUUAUUCUUUAAAAGUUUGAUUGCUCUCCCUAUGUUACAGUAUAAAACAGUUUAGUUACAGUUUUGAUUUAGUGUUUGCAAUACAGAUUGUUUUAUGUCAAAAAAUUCAAUUUUAAUAAAUUUUUAUUUUGAACUAAACUUUUCUUUAAAAAAAUUGAUUUUUUGUAGAAAUAACACAAAUUUAAAUAAGUGUGUAUCUAUAUUUUAUUGCAAAUAUUCAAUCUAGUUUUUAUAUUCUGGAAUUGCAUCUACUUCGAGAAUAGUUCAUAAUUUACAAACUUUGUGAGAAAAGUACUUAUUCAGAAGAUUUUAUUUUGUUCGAUUUUUAGAUUUUAUUCUUCGAAGAUUUUAUUUUUAUCUGUAUAGAAUGUAAGCCUAUUUUUUCAAGUAUUUAAAUUUCAUGGAUCUCAGUAGUUGAAAAUGCUAAGUAAAAAGCCUUGGGUGUUUUUGUAAUGGAAAAGCAUUCUUAGUGUGCAUUCGGCAGUAAGCAGCUAGCAAGUAACCUUAAAAGGAAUUUCGAAUUGCAGAAAUUAAAAUGCCGAUAGUGCAAACGCCUUGAACCAAAUAAUUUUAUUUAAUGUCGUUUCGUCAAUCAAAAGAUUAUGGAAAAGUAAUUAAGGUUGGGCAUAUUCUUUCUUUUCUAUUGUCAAUGUAAAUUUAAAAAAUAACUAACUCAUAUUUACUAAAAUGAUACUUUAAACCUUCACCUACCUACCUUGUCAUUUACAGGGUGUGUAGCGUUUUUAAAAAGCGCUUAAAGGUGCUUAUUUUUGAUUUUUAAAAGCCUGCUUUUUUCAUUGGGUGUGUUUAAGAAGUGCUUAAUUUCCCCUUUUUUCUAAUUGAGAUUUUUCCUUUACUAUGUCGAUUUUCACUUCGAAUUAUGCAAAAAGACGCAGUUCACAUUAUUCUAUUCAACGUUUUCACAAUUACUUCAACUCCAAUCUAUUUCGGUGUAUUGUCAGUCCGUUGCGUAUGAAAACGCCAUUCGUUUUACCCCGAUUCAAAAUUUGCUGAUUUUUGACGAUUGUCAAAAACAAUGCCAAGAGUUAUUAUUUUUUUUGACAUGACGGUUAAAUCAAGAUAAAACUGUCAAUUGUCAAAACCUUUCUAACCCUGCCUAAUUAAUGAUAUUUUUUUUAAAGUGCUUAAAAAUAUUUUUCAGUGCUUAUUUUUUGUUGAAUAAUUUGACUACGCUGUUAUUAGCUGUUAUUUUCGACGCAUCUAUUUCUUUAACAAAUUUUGUCAUAACGCGUAUGAUAAUGGCAAAAGUAACUAGAAUGAAUGGAGACAACAUGGAGAUAGCUUUUAAACUUUUCAAAGUAGUGUAUAGAUAAUUCUUUUUUCUCGGCUUGAGAAUCUCAGAUUUAGGAAGAUUAAAAAUACAUGUAUUGUUACAUAAAGUAUUGAUUAUUUUACUUACAUUGCUGAGAGCAACUUAUGUAAGUGAUAUCUAUCACUUACAUAAGUUGCUCUCAGCAUGUUCUUGAAGAUUUACGGGGAGAAAAGGCUGAGAUGUUGAUAAUUUUGUUGUUUUCCUAUGUAUUAUUGCAGCACCCUGAUUUCUAUAACUGUUUAUGUACGUCAUAGUGUACAGCUUAUACACAAUUUACCAAAGAUUGAUUUUUCUCCAUUUUUGUGAACAAGUGUUUGUUUGUUUUAAGUUAUUGAUAUGUAAAUCUGUUUAUGUAGUCAGAAAUUUGUAUUUGUCAAAAUCUGUGUCAAGUCAGUUUGGAAGACACAGACAUAAAAUUUGUGAGUCCCAUUAAAGAAAUUCUUGAUUAA